AUGGACCUCGCAAGCGUGGUCUUUGAUGAGAUUAUUGAAAGGGAUUUCGCUUGUUGGAAUGCUAUGAUUAGUGGGUAUGCUAAAAUUGGGUGUAUGAAGAAAGCAAGGAACGUUUUUGAUCAAAUGCCCCAAAGAAAUGUUGUUUCUUGGAAUGCUUUAAUAGAUGGGUGUUUCAAAACUGGUCUCAUUGUUGAUGCAAAACAGUUGUUUGAUGAAAUGGGUCAAAGAGACUUGGUUUCUUGGGGUGUCAUGAUAAAUGGGUAUGUGAAGAAUUGUUGUUUUAAAGAGGCUUUGACCCUCUUUGAGGAGAUGAUGGUCGAAAACUUGGAGCUGGAUAGGGUUGUAAUUGUUAGCGCUCUUUGUGCGUGUGCACAUCUGGUUGCUCUGGAUCUAGGCAAGGAGAUCCAUGGCUACAUAGAGAAAAGAAGCAAAUUUAAGGCUGAUGUGAUCUUAGAGACUUCAGUUAUUGACAUGUAUUCCAAAUGUGGCUGUGUACGCAAUGCACGCAAGAUCUUUGAUAGAAUGGUGAGAGAGAUGUUCAUGCUUGGAGUGCCAUGA